GUAAGGCUUGAAGGCGACAGGGUAAGAGGUAGGUACUAGCGGUAGUUAUUUUCAAGUAACUGUUAUGAAAAUGUCGAUCGCAAAGAACGUUUCGAGUGUAGCUGAGGACUCAUCGAGUGACGUCAUGGGCGGGCGUCAAAGAGGCUGCGCGCGGCGAUGACGACGCGCAGGCGCGGCCGUAUCGACUCGGGCCGGCAGCGGGUGGUGGCGAGCGAGCAGGCACGGCAGUCGGGCGUCCGCCGCCGCUCGCUCAAAAUGGAGGCGCAUCAACAGACCGUGCCGCCCGUCGCGCGUCCCCUCGUCAACCCCGAUGAGUAUGGUGAAGUCGACACCUCCAGGUACCCGGCGCCGAAAGAGGCGACUCACAAGGUUCGCGGCCGCAGCGACGUGCUCGAGUUGAUCUGCGGCGCGGGGACAGUCGACCCUGAGCUGUUGACAGUCAAGACGUUCUAUUUCUUUUUCUACUCGGCCUUUGGCUCUCUCUUCCCGUUGAUGGGUGUAUACUUCAAACAGAUGGGAAUGAAUGCAGGACAAUGCGGCUUGCUGAUCGGCACAAGACCUUUUGUGGAGUUCCUGUCGGCGCCUUUUUGGGGGGGGCUGGCUGACAGGUGGCAGAAGGGAAGGACACUGCUGCUGGCCUCCCUCAGUGCAUGGAUAGUCUUCACACUACCGCUCAGUUGGGUACAACCGACAGCAGUGUCAUGCGUACAGCCAGUCAACGACAGCGUCUACCGGCUGGUGUCACCGCGAUACGACGAAGAUUGGCCCACGUCAACACGGCACUUCCGCUUGCCAUCGGCUGGGCGCGAGGGUUCACCAUUGUCGGUUUCUGAUGCGGAAAACUAUAACCCCGACACUAACUCCAACUGGGUAACGCCCUUGCACUCGUAUAUUGUAUACAGCACCCCGGACAUACAGAAAACAUUUUUCCUCCUUUUGCUGCUCGUCGUCAUCGGAGAAUUCUUCAGCGCCCCAGCGAUCACUUUAGCUGACUCUGCCGUUAUAACUUUACUCGGAGAAGACGCCGAUAGGUAUGGGCACCAGCGGAUGUUUGGUUCAUUGGGCUGGGGCUUGGCGAUGUUCUUUGUUGGCAUCGCGUUGGACCAUAGUACAGCUUUCAGCACACAUCCUUGUGGAGGUCCGCAGCGCUAUGAGAAAAAUUACACCAUCUGCUUCGCUACGUUCUCGGUGCUGAUGGGUGCGGCACUCAUAACUGCUACCCAGAUCAAGUUUAAGUACGAGACGAUAAGCGUAGAGACUCCACCGGCUCCCGCACCUUCAGAGCCAACACACGAAGAACGCUUGCAAGAGCAGCUCGCGGAACAGCUCCAACUUCCUGGUCUCGACACAAGCGCUCCACCACUUCGUCAACCUGCUCUGGAACAUGCUAAGGUGUUCGCGCAGACCACGCGCGAGAUGCCAGAGUGGGUGACGGUUUUGAAGCAGUUCCAGAAUGUGAAAGCCGCUUCCUUUCUUCUCGUCGCCUGGUUCAUGGGUUUCGGAAUAGGCCUCAUCUUUACAUUUCUUUUCUGGCAUUUACAGGACAUUGGCGGCUCUCCCACGCUCUUCGGCGUCGCCUCCGUCAUCAACCACAUCUCUGAAAUCUUUGCUUAUUUCUUUAGCUUCAAACUCAUUACGCAAAUGGGACAUGUUAAAGUACUAUGUUUGGGUCUGGCCGGCAACGUGGUCCGAUUUCUAUACAUCUCGUGGCUCACGCUACCCUGGUGGGUUCUGCCCUUCGAGUUUGUGCAGGGGGUGACGCACGCCGCCGUCUGGGCCGCAUGCUGCUCCUAUAUCGCUCAUGGUGCCCCGCCGAACCUGCGCUCCUCUGCCCAAGGCGUAUUGCAAGGACUUCACCACGGACUCGGCCGCGGCUGCGGAGCGGUCCUGGGCGGAAUCGCGGUGGCGAAGUGGGGCACGACCCGCACGUUCGCGGGUUACGGCAUUCUAUGUGGCGUCGCCCUCGCCGCUUUCGCCUUUGUGAACUUCCGAGGCGGCGAUGCCGAGGCGCCGGUGGCGGGCGCCGCUAUCGACGAGGAGGCGCGGGCGGUGGCCGAGGCGGGAGUGCUGGCGCCCCACGGCGUGCCCUCCAACCCGCUGCCGCGCGCGCUGUCCUCCACGCGCCUCGCAGACCUCGCACAUCACGACAACUACGGCGCAACGCAGAGCUACAGUGGCGCAGACAGCCUGAGCGUGCCAGGCGCUGCUCCCGCGCGCCCCGCAAACCCUUUUCUAUCGGAGCCCGCCUACAGAUAGACACCUGGCUCCGACGCCCUCCUAUCGACACCUUCAGGAUCUAUACAACAGUAUUACUUUUCGCUACACAUGUUAUCUUAGCGACCACAGACGACUACUCCUGAGCAUAUUCUGCCCGAUACAUUCGUAUGGCUCGGUGGGAAGUGCCCGUUGCCUUGAUGACUUUUACAAUAAAAGACAGAAAUUAAGUAAAAAAUGCACUCGAUGCGACGUUAUUCUAUCCUCCUGACGUACCUCCAUACAUCGCGUUUGUAAGACCUUUCAACUAUAAAAGGAAGUGACUUCUGCAAUUUACAAUUCGGAACUUCUAUUAAAGCAAGAAUAUAAAUUCGCUUGUUCUUUACAUAGAACCGAAAGUAGAUAUUAAAAGUAUAUAAGUAUGCACAUUUAGAAAAUUAAGUUGUUAAAAUAAAAUUAAUUUAUUUCAUUAUUGACGCGCAUUUCUCAAUCGCCUUGUAAUACCAGAAUAUUUGAAAUGUAGAGAACGUCGACCAAACUAAAUUUCAGACGAAUAAUGCUAAGUACAAUAUGUUGCUUAGGUAUAUAUAUAAGACAAACAAAUUUAGUCAAGAAAUUCAAACACACGUUUUAUUUGACCGUGACCUUACUAUUGGCAUUAGUUUCUUACAACACUUACUCGAACCUUUUAAGGGCUCUUGGCGUGGCUUCAGCGUACAACGAAAUAUGUAGCAAACGUGUCCUGCAAUGUAAAUUCCGAGAUUCCAGACGAAGACCUUAUUAGCCACGCUGUAACACAACAUCAGCUUCCCCCAUGAGCGACAAGGCUAAACGUUGCGUCAAUUCAUGCUCCAUGUAGUAGAUGUAAGAUUUCGUGUUAGAUUAUAAUAACAAUAACAAUCUAUAUCUCGAUGUGAUGUCUGUAUUCUCUUACCGUAUUAGAAAUUAAACUUUAUUUAUAAAGUGGUUAAUAACGAUAAUAGCUCAUCUUAAUAAUACCACAUGCUUCUUAGUACGACAUUCGUUAUACAAUGUUCAUGCAAACUGCGAAGUCCUUCGGCGCGUCACGCUCACGACUCAUGCGUGGCUCGACAUGAUCUUCUACCUAAUAGCUCAAACUCGCUGUUGUAACGUAUCGUGCGUGCUGUCGUUGUGUGUUGUAUCGUAAACUAGCAUAUAUAUUUAAGAUUAUUAUAAAGAAUACUCUAUAAUAUGUUAUAAUAUCAAUUAUUAUACCUGCUGUUAACAAAAAAGGGAUUUCUAUUUAAUAGCUAUAUUGUAGCCUGAUCCUCUUCAUUAUUGCAAGCAAUACAUCGCCAAUCGCAAUAUAAGAAGAGAGAGCUGAUUUGUGUUGUUGUGUAAAUGUACAAGUUUUUGAAUCACGAGUUCAUAUCAUGGUGUGAUGAGUUAGAUGUAUGCGUACGGUAGUAGCGACAGCGCUGCGCCGUUUCCUCUAUAUUUUUGUUGGUAAUGUAGACAUUUAAAACGAUAGACAUAUGACUAUAUGUAUACAUUUGUUGUAAAAUUACUCUUAGCGAUGUGAGCGCGGCACAGUUAUAUAUUUUUGCACUGCGCGAGGCUCCGCGACGCGGUCGCCGCUCGCUCUCGCUGCCGCGGGAAGCGGCGCUGCGUUGCGCGCCCUGCGACGACCUUCAAUUUCAAAUAUAUCAUAAUAAAUGUUGAAAUAUUCA